AUGGACGCCUCCUCCCUCCGCAUCUCCAAGUUCGAUGGAACUAACUUCCACGCCUGGAAGUUCAAGAUGCAGAUGGUGCUGGAGGAACGGGACCUAUGGGAGGUCGUCAGCGGUGAGAUCAAGGCGGAACAGUGCGAGACUCAGUUGGACCAAGCGACGUACAAGAGGAAGUCAAGAAAGGCAAUGGCAGUGAUCUGUCUAGCCAUGGAAGAUUCCCAGCUACCGUUGGUCCGGUCGGCAAGUGGUGCAUGCGACGCAUGGUCAAGGUUGGAAGACCACUUCGAGAAGAAGAGUCUUGCCAACAAGCUGUUCUUGCGCCGUCGCUUCUUCACGACAAUGAUGGAAGAAGGUGACGAUGUGCUAGAACACAUCAACAAGCUCAAGACGCUGGCGGAACAGCUAGAAGCGGUGGGGGCUCCAGUCUGCGAGGACGAUCUGGUGAUCACACUCCUCGGCAGCCUGAGUGACUCGUAUCAAUUCUUGAUCACAGCUUUGGAGUCGCGCUCAGACACUCUUAGCUGGGAGCUCGUGACGUCUCGACUGCUUCAUGAAGAAAUGAAGCGGAAGGAGCAAGGAAGUAAAGGUGAUGAAGCUUCGCAAGGUCAAGCGUUCAUCACAAGGGGACAAUCAGCGCAAAGGGCGACCAGUGAAGAAGUCCUGGCCGUGCCACAAUUGCGGAAAGAUUGGUCACUGGAUGGCGGACGUGCUCAAGACAGCGGCGACCGCUAUCGAUCACAACGUGCAAACGUCGCUCAAGAAGAAGACUCGGGCGACUACCUCUUUUCGAUCGGUGAAACGACAUCUGCGAAAUCGAGCGACAUCUGGCUGGUCGACUCCGGGGCGACGCAGCACAUGACGUGCUCCAAGAAGUUCAUGCGGAACUACAAGGGGUUUGACGCUGUGGAUGUCCAUCUCGCGGAUGAUGGAAUCGUCCAAGCAAUCGGCAGUGGGGACAUUGUCAUGUCGAUGAAGACACCCCAAGGGAUGAAGAAAGGUGUGCUCACAAACGUGUGGCACAUCCCAAAGUUAUCCAGAAACCUGUUCUCGGUCGGCCGCUUCACCAAGGAUGUCGGCCCAGUGACGUUCACGAAGGAUGGGUGCUAUGGAGAAGCGAAAGGGACCAAGUGGAAAAUUGGUGCCCGUGAAGGUAAAGAACUGUUCAAGCUGCAAAUGACUCCAGUGGCGCCGGAACAAGCAAAUGCAGCCAAGUCGUCGGGAUGUCAAGGGGGCACCAAGUCGUACCUCUGGCACCUUCGGCUUGGCCACAUAGGUCAUGAUGGACUCAAUUGCAUCGUGACGAAGAACAUUGGAAUUGGCAUCGACAUAUCUUCGGUGAAGAAGUGGGACGUGUGUGAAGGUUGUGCUCUGGGAAAACAGACUCGAGUGCGCUUCCAAUCAAACACUACAGCUCGCACCUCCAAACUCCUCGAAGUGAUUCACAGCGACGUAUGCGGACCGAUGUCGAUGGCAACUUUCAGUGGAAAACGGUACUUCGUGACAUUCAUUGAUGACAAGUCAAGAUACUGUGUCGUCUAUCUGCUCAAGAGCAAAUCUGAAGUUGCGGCGAAGUUCAUGGAAUACGCUGCGAUGGCCGAAACGCAAACCGGAAAGCGCGUGAAGUACCUUCAAAGCGACAAUGGGGGUGAAUACAAGUCCGACAAGCUGGCACGAUUCUGCGCGGAACGGGGAAUACAACAAAGGUUCACACCCCCAUAUACUCCUCAGCUAAACGGAGUAGCUGAGAGAAUGAAUCGCACGCUGGUCGAGUGUGCGCGUUGCAUGAUGGAACACGCUGGACUGGGAAAGAGCUACUGGGGUGAAGCAGUGAUGACGGCGAUGUUUCUUCGAAACCGCUGUCCAACACGUGCCAUUCACCAAGACAAGUCUCCAUAUCAAGUGUGGACGAUGAAGAAACCGAUUCUGGCCAACCUUAAAGUGUUUGGAUGCCACGCGUAUGUUCAAGUGCCUCAAGACAAACGCGCGAAGUUCGACUCCAAGUCAUCACUCUGUCGUUUCCUGGGAUACGCCGAACACCAGAAGUCAUAUCGAUUUGAGGAAGUGUCAACAGGAGCGAUCAAGAUCAGUCGCGAUGCCACAUUCAUGGAAGACAAGUUUGAUGAAGGUCCGCGCAACUACAACGAUGAGUCAAGUGUCGUUGAGUUUGAUGAUCAUGAUGAGGACGAAGAAAAAGAAGAAGGUAAAACUGACGACGACAUGGACUCGAGCGACGAUGACAACGAAGACACCAGGUCUUCGAAGAGCAACAUCAAGAGACACACGCGCACUCAAUCACUUGAGAAAGCUACCGUCAUUCCAAGUCCCAAGCGAAGAACAUACAGAGGUCCGUCGCUUGAGCAUGUGUCAGCGGCUGCAAUGGAUUUUGAAGCAGCCUACAUCGUUGAUUCAGUGGGGAAACGCCGACUACAUUCAAAGAAACGACACGUGGAAAUCGUGCCUCUUCCGAAAGGUCGCAAGGCCAUCGGGUGCCGAUGGGUUUUUCGUGUAAAGGAGAAUCAAGAUGGCGAAGUUGAACGUUUCAAGGCAAGACUUGUGGCCAAAGGAUUCUCACAGAAAUUCGGAGUUGACUAUGAAGAAACUUUCGCACCGGUGGCCAAGUUCACAUCGAUUCGUGUGGUGCUCAGUAUGGCGGCUAAGUACGGCCUAAUGCUACAUCAGAUGGACGUCAAGACAGCGUUUCUUAACGGCUCCCUCAACGAAGACAUCUACAUGGACCAGCCGGACGGAUACCUGGAUGCAACACAGCCGGACUAUGUGUGCAAGCUAAAGAGAUCACUCUACGGCUUGAAGCAAUCGCCUCGCAUGUGGAACCAAACAAUCGAUGGGUUCAUGAUCAAGAUGGGAUUCAAGAAGUGCGAAUCGGACCACUGCAUCUACAUCAAGCGAGACGACCAAGACAUGAUUCUCGUGGUGCUCUACGUCGAUGAUCUCAUCCUGGCCAGCAGCAACAACGAACUCCUCAAGUCAACCAAGAUGGCGCUGAGCAAACGCUUCGAAAUGACGGAUCUCGGUGAGCUCGAUUACUUUCUCGGCAUGGAGAUCAAGAACGACCGUAAGACGGGAAUGGUGACUGUACAACAAACCAAGUUUCUCAAGUCCGUGUUAACCAAGUUCGGAAUGGAUAACAGCAAGCCAGUGAAGACGCCUCAAGAUCCCGGCCUGAAGCUAACCAAGAACAUGUGUGAACAAGAAUGCAAGCACGAAGACACCAUGUGCAACGUGCCAUAUCGAAGUGCUGUCGGAGGCAUCAUGUAUCUCAUGGUCGCCACACGUCCGGAUCUAGCUGCUGCAGUGGGAUCAUUAUCCCAGUUCUCGUCCGACCCAUGCCCGACUCACUGGCAAGCUUUGAAGCGUGUGCUGAGAUACCUGCAAGCAACGCCCAAUCAUGGUCUUGAGUUUACACGUGAAGAAGGAAGCCGUAUCUGCGGGUACACCGACGCAGACUGGGCCGGCGACAUUGAGUCAAGACGAAGUACAAGCGGCUAUGUGUUCAUGAUGAGCGGAGGAUGCAUCAGCUGGAAAAGCCAGAAACACCGGACGGUCGCGCUAUCUUCAACAGAAGCAGAAUACAUGGCGCUUUCCGAAGCAACCAAAGAAGCAGUAUGGCUCAAGGUGCUUUUGGGGGAACUUGGUGAGAUGACAAGCGACGAAGCGAUCAAGAUGUAUGAAGACAACCAAGGAUCAAUCGCUCUCGCCAAGAACCCGGAGUUCCAUAAGAGAACAAAACACAUCGACAUACGCUACCAUUUUGUGCGUGAGAAGGUGGAAUCAGGUGAAGUCGUUUUGGAGUAUUGCCCGACUCAAGAUAUGCUGGCAGACAUGAUGACCAAGCCGAUCGCCGCUGUACAAUUUGAAAACAUUCGCGAUCGACUUGGGAUCCAAGGUGCCGCAGCUAACGAGUCGAGAGGGAGUGUUGAAAAGACAGCGGCUGUGAAGAAGACACCUCGUCAAGCUGCGUCAAGUGUUGAAGCAAGUGGAAGACCAAGCUUCGCUAUACCGGUGGGUACCGGUAUGUACCAGUAA